AUGAAAGGUCAGGUUCUCCAUGUCGUAUUCGAUCCUUCGGAGAGACUAAUCGCAGCUGCGAUAAAUGAUGGGUCAUUACAGGUGUUGGAUUUUCAGUCAGGAUUGUCCAAUCCUGUGUGUAUUAGUUGUCAGCUUUGUUCGAGAAUUAUGACGACCCAGCCUGAUCAGCCGCGCCUUCAGUUCUCCUGGUCCAUCGAUGGUAAAAAAUUGUUUGCUCCCACAACUGAUGGAUUUAAAGAAAUUACCAUCAAAUCGAUUGGCAAUUUUAAGGAGAGACUUAGAAUUUUUGCUCUAAUGCCAGCUGAAAUGUUUAGUAUUUGUACCGUUUCCUCUUGUGAUAAGUAUUUGGCAUUAGCUGGAAUGCGAGGAACAAUUGUUAUAUGGUCCAUACAUCUUCGAAGAGUUAUUUCACUAAGUUCCUACAAACGAAGUGGGAUAGCAAGGACAAUCAGUUCUAUGAUUUGGCAUCCUGUUCUUAAAUGGAAGUUAUUUUUUGCGGAUACGCAAGAAAAUAUCUGUGCCUUAUCGGAUGCUGUUGAUGAGGAGCCGAGGGAGUUUGUCUUAGAUGAUGAUUCCAGAGAUUCGAGAGGUUGGCUUCAUGGCUUUUUUUGGGCACCGUGUACCUCUGUCGAGUGCAGAUUUAAGGUAAUUGGCGUUAAAAUAUACUUAUUUAUAGCAUCAGUUCACCUGGACGCCAUAAAGGAAAUUUAUAAAACUGGUAUAGAAAAUGAAUUAGAGGAUGUGAUGGAAACGGUUUGUCAAAAUCAGAUGACAAUGAAAUAUGAGCCCCCUAAGAUUCCUUGUUCUUUUGUUGCGGGCUCAAAUCUUCAAACUCUUUCGGAGUGUGUUAUGAAAUGGAAUAUGUAUGGUUUCGUCGUAUGUUCUCUAUCAGAUGAACGAAAAUCCAUCGAGGCUCGUUGGCAUGAUGUAUCUGUUUCUUCUGCGGUAUUUUUUGAUAAUGUUUCAUAUUCAUAUGCUGAUAUAUCGAACGCUGCUGUUGCUUUGGCAUCGAAAGAGCGAAAGGAGAAAACAAGCGAAUUAUUUGUUUAUCUUACUAAAAUUGAUGGUUUAUCAUCUGGUCACUCAUGGAAUAUAAAAAUAUCCAAAGGCGAAUCGAUUGAAAACUUGGUUAUUGGCGGUAAAUUCAUUGCAUUAUAUACGUCGUUGCAAUAUAUAAGAUUAUUUUCAUUGGGAGGAACACAGAGACUUGUAUUUUCCCAUCCAGGACCAUUAAUAACUAUGAGCGCUUUCGAUGACAACCUUGCCACUGUUGGUUUAAGCGGUGGUUACUAUUUUGAGAAUGAUCUGGCAAGGUGUUAUGAAAUAGAUCUUAAACGUAAUCCUAUUGCUUUAUCGCCUAAUUCUGGUUUGAAAUGGAUUGGUUAUUCCUCUAAUGCAAUGCUCUGUAUUCUCGAUAGUAAAGAUUGUGUUCGCUUGUUUAUGCCUAAUGGUAUUUGGAUUCCUGUGCACAAAUUUGACACGGGUGAAGGUGAAAAUAUUUAUAUGAUUGGUGUAACUGAAAUAUCUGAUUCAUCUGGAUCUCGGACCAUUAUAAGAUUCUUUUCUAAUAAAGAGUGCAAUUUUCCGGCAUCGUCCAAACAUCUACUACCAAAAUCUGUUCCGCUCAAUCUACCUCUAUGCAAUCCUGAUUCCGAAAAAACUUCCUUGGAGAAGUCAUUGUUGUUAGCAGAAAUGCAUGCAGGCAUUGGUAAAACAGUGCUUCAUCAAACGGUUUGCGCUGUUGGUAAAGAGCUGAUAGGAAUGCCAACGGGUGGUAGAAUAAAUAGAACUGCUUUUGAUGCGGGAAAAAUUACCGAUGGAAUGAUGCUUAUGAAAGAAAAUAGGUUUAAACGGAGUCGUUAUAAAGAUGGAGACGAGUCGGAAGCGCUUAAUCAAGUUGAGAAUGGAGAAGAAUCAAAAAGACGAAGGUUUUCAGACGAUCAAGUUGUUUAUGAAUUUUCUGAGGCAAAAAGCAGAGAAAAGCCUGAUGACAAGGAAGGAAUUUUGGAUUCUUCCAUGAGCAAUUCAUCAUUAGCAAAUGCAUCGAGAAAUCCUUUCAAGGCGCGAAAAACAUCAACAAGUGGAUUUCGUUUAUUUUCUCCGAGAACACCGACUUAG